AUGAAAUCUUCCUUGUCUUCAACAUCACAGAAAGAAGCACCACACGAGGAAGACAGCACAUCUAGGUUUUGCCAGGGAUGGAUUUACUGGGGGGGGGGUGCAGGGGGGGGCGCACCAAUUUUAGUAAUUUUAUUCAUUAGAAAUAGUUUUAAGAAUACCUCUACACACUGUUAAACAAAACGUUGCGGCUUUCUUCGUGUUUGGCGAAACCGCAGCUUCGUUUAGUACAAAAAUGUCCUCGUCUAUAACUGAAACGAAACGAGACGCCAUUUUGUUUUUGUCCGGAACUGAAUAUGGUGCAAGGAUAUCCGGAGCAACCAAUCAAAUUGCGUGAAAAGCACUAUCCACCUCCCAAGUAUAUGGAAGAGAUUAUUUCGCUGGCCUCAAAGUGACAAAACGUAACAAAGCAACGGUUUUACUAACACUAACCCUACUCCAAACACCAACUCUGACCCUAACCCUAAUCCUUACCCUAACCCUAACCUAACCCUACUCCAAAUUUGUUUCUAAACCAAUCUUGAAGAAAAACGUUUUGACGAAAUGUCAUUCUGAGGUCAGCGAAAUAGUUGAAUAGUUGAUACCCGAGUUAUAUCUGUAUAUGCUAAAUUACUUUAUUCAAUUUGUUUUUGUCUUUGAUUUAGUUUUGGAAAAGAUCACAGUAUGUCCAGCAAAAUAUUACUCGUUUUGGGAGUUGUGUUGGCUAUCUCAGCUUUGGGUAAGAAAAUUUACAAAUUUUCGGUGAUUGAAUCACAAUACUUGAUAAUGUUCCGCUUGCCAGCAAUAUGCAGUUAUCUGAAAAGAUGUGGAAAGCUAUUCAAAUUACUAAAAGAAAUCAUUUUAUGAAAUAAAAAAUGGGGGUAACCGAACUUUUUUUGUGUAAAUAUCUGACAUUUCUGCGCAACUUUUCCAAGGAAAACCAUUUCCUGCGCAAAAUAAAACUUUUCAGUCUGGCUGCUGGGGGUAUGACAAGACAAUUUGCAACUAAUGAUCUACUGCAUGUCUUUUUUGUUUUGUUUUAGGAAGUGCUCUGACAUGCCAUGUUUGUAGAUACUGGACAACACAGCCAAAAGAACAACAAAAAUGUACUAAUGCCAAAACAUGUGGAUCUUCAUAUUGUUACACUGAAUAUGUUAGGUUCCGAAAUGGCACAGAAGGAUUUGGAAGAGGCUGUGGCAGAGUGAAAUUUUGCCUCGAUACUGAAAAAGCGUGUAACUUUACAAGAACAUAUUUGCCCGGUCUGACAUCGUGUGCUUUUGAAUGUUGUACUACCGAUAAUUGCAACAAUUAUACCCCUAGCAGUGCAACUGGUGUUAUGGUGACCAAGUUUACCCUUUCCUUGAUGGUGAUUGUUGGUUUUAUUUUUGCUUGACAUGAUGUACUUUACGUUCUGACUGUGUACUUUUACUUAAAUUUACUUAAUUCAAUUGAUGUAAUUUGUCUGAACGUAAUGAAAUUAUAUAGUAAGACUGUGUGUUUAAAACAAGUUGUUUAAAAUAUGUUGCGUUAUUAGUUUGGGAUAAUUUAGUAGGUGACUAUGUAAUAAAUCGAUAAAAGAUAAAAUCAAUUCGUUCCUUAAGGGGCAUGUGUAAUCAAAUGCACUAAGUAAACUAGUCUUGAACUAAAGUGGACCAGUUUUGUGUAUAUCAGUUUUACAUUUUCCAACCUGUACUGUAGUCCAGUAUAACGGUUCUCUCAUAUUGGCCUAGUAAUUAAUCAGCUCUAAGCUGUUCUCCCUAGAGAACAG